GGUGCUACACCGGUGUAGUGCAAAGAAAGAGAUAGACUGAUUACACCUAAGUUUGAAUGAGUGUAGCACCGACUACACCGGUGUAGUGCACUGUCAAAAACGAAUAUGCCAUUAAUCACAAUAUAGUAUAGUAUAGCUUGAAGUAUUCUGUUUUUAUGGUUUAUUCUAACUGUACACUAAAUGCAACAAAAUGAAUUAUCUUCGAUGGUGGUCACAGCUGCUGCAGUUGUUUUUGCAAUUUACGUAGUCAAGCGAUUUUUCGGACGAACAGAUCCACUUUAUAACCAAACGAUCAAGAUAGUAACAAAUUCUCGGGAAUGCAUACGCGUAAUUGAAACGCUACGAACCCAUUGCCAGGAGCACCCAAUUCUUGGACUCGAUUGUGAAUGGGUAAGUGAACGAGGCAGGCGCUACCCUGUGGCCCUUCUGCAAUUGGCAACGCACCGUGGAUUCUGCGCACUAUUCCGGCUGUGCGAGAUGAGGCGGAUUCCUUCUGAGUUGCGUAAUCUUUUGAAUGAUCCAAGUAUUUUGAAAGUCGGUGUUGGUCCGGACGUAGAUGCAAACUAUUUGGAGGAGGAUUACAAUAUUCGUGUAAUAAGAACACUGGAUUUACGACACCUAGCGAGGGACAGUGGUUUUCCGUGGCCAUACGGGAUGGCUAAUUUGGCUAAAAAUGCGUUGGGGAUUACGAUGGAUAAAGAUUGGACUAUCAGUGCCUCUGACUGGGAGUCCUCGGAUUUAACUGAUCGGCAGAUUAAGUACGCAGCAAACGAUGCACAUGUGGCGGUGGAACUGUUUGAAGUACUUGCUAAGCGGUUUGUAUCACGAGGAAUUUUUACGUCACAAAGAGACUGGUUAGAGCAGGUGAUGAAGAGCGUGGAAUAUUGCAUUGAUCAGCCAUUUGUAGACACAAGUACAGUUUUCAAAACGUAAGAAAAAGAACUCGAUUUAUAAUGCAUCCAGCAAGUAGCAACUUGCCACUAGGCGGCGCUACGACCCGCCAGUAUACAAACUUGAAUGCAAUGAUGAUUUACGCAUGCGAACAUGUCAUGAUGAUGUUCAACAUAUUUAACGCAUAACAGCCAAUCAUGCUUCUAUCUGCAACCUGGACAAUACUUCGAAUGAAACAUUCUGAUAGAAUAGGAAUUAAGAAUCUCUACAUACAACGAUAUAGCUAAAUUUUAAUAUAACAAUACAUUGUUUGAACCCUUAAGGGGUUAAGUUUGAAUUUUUAUAAAGGUAUGUAGCCAUAUUUUUUAUGAAAUACUUGUUAUACGUUUAGGGUAGUACAAUGUCCAAUUUGCAAAAUCCACUUGAGAAAAAAAAAUUAUAAUUGUCGAAGCUAU